UAUUAUUUAUCCGAGAUUUAUUUUGGGAUAAAAUCAUAAAAGAUUCUAUUGUUGGAUUGUGUUGUGAACUUGUGAAUGUCUUUGCCUCAUUCAAAUCGAAAGGCAUAAAAAAAGUUUGUAACUAACUAAAAAAAAAAUGCAGCGAACAGAAAAAAAAAGGCUUUUUGUGAUGUGAUUUGAGUUUACCAAGUUAAAAUUAAUUUUAGCUUAGAUAAUUAAAAUAUUUAAUAUGUGUAAUCAUUAUCUGUUUACAAAAUUGCGAUGAUUGGUACUGUUCAAUCAAGAUAAAUAAAUUGUGACCUUGAAAAAAGCAGCUGUCAACCUAACCAAGACUACUUCACAAAAGAUGUAAUAAACACAAAACUUGUUGAUAAUUUACCAUCAUGAGAAACGUGGAUUCUCAUCUCCUGGAUGGGAAAAUGGACGAGACUGUAACUCACUACAUAACAUCGCACCAGACAGGCGAGUCGGUGCACGUGGACAGCAAUGGCUUACCGCUCAAUGUCCAGGAGGACGAAGGGGGUCGUGUCGUCACCGUCAUGCACCCGCAGAGCUACUCACACUCUCAUUUGUGCCGGGGGGUGUCAGUGGGCGAGCCGGUGGGCGAGGGCCAGUGGGGCGAGGAGCUACUGGACACGGACACGCGGCUUGCGGCGUUCGUGGCGCACUUGCACCACCCACACGCGCCGCACCACAAGCACGCCUCCGUACAACCCGGUAGAGAUGUGGACACGUCGGUUAUAUUGGAUACUCCAAUGAGGCUGUUCAAUGGACAGAGCUUGGAGCAGCAAGAAGGGUUAGUAGUAGAAGUGCCCGCCCUGCCGCCUUUGCCACCACUGCAGGAGAUGAAGAUGCGCAACCAGGAAGCCGACUGGUUCAACAAUAAGACCAAAACUAUACUUAAGGAUGAUACGCCAAUGCUCACAGACUCGGACGGCCCAGUGCUAGAACUAGGUGCGAGUGCAUCUCCCGCUCAAAAUAAGCAAAACAAAAAGAGUUUGCCGCACAAAAAGAGGAUCUCUAGGAAAUUGAAACGAAAUAACGGGAAUAGCACUCCACAGCAGCAGUUGGUAGUAAUAAACUGCUCAGACGAAGUGCAGCAAGAGGAGAUACUACCAGACAACUUCGUAGCUAGCGUUCAACAUCAGCAGCAUAUUACGGAAACUCACCAUAUCACACAUGAGGUGCGGCCGAUCUUCAUCUGCCAGAUCUGCGGGGAGUUCUGCGGCGAGGACCAGCUGAAGUUCUACCACCACCUCAAGCAGCAUUACGAGCCACACACCAUCAUCAUCGAGAACCCCGUGCCGGAUCUGGCUAUUGAUAAGAUGACCAACACCUGCAUUGUGGACAACGUAGCAGCAUUACCAGAUUCCAUAAUGGAGCUGUCCCAGUCACUAGAGAACACUGUCCCUAAGACGAUGUACCAACCUAUGGACAAGCACAUCCUGUACACCUCGAGUGAUAAGACGCUCAGCUACUCUAGUAAUAAGCUGCAGUAUACCAUAGCCAAUAUGGAUAAGGACCCCGCGGCGCCUGCAACAGAGGCUGAGAAGGUAGAAAUGUAUGAGCUGGAGAAACUGGAGGUGUACAGCUGUGUCAAGUGCAAUAAGUCCUUCAGGAAGCUCAAGCAGUGUGAAGCGCAUAUCAAGGAAGUGCAUAAGCUGGACGACAUGAGCGAGUUCAGCGAGCCCGAAGACCUAAUGGAAGGGAUCCACGUGGCGGUGGACGAGGCGGGCGAGCCCUACGACCACUCGCUGCUGCCACACCUCACCGUCGAGAACGGGCACGUGCACCAGGACCACAUCCGCCACUGGUACAUGCGCAACGGCAGCCCGGCCAGCCCCCCCGGGGCGGGUGGGGCGCGCUGCGGCGCGGACGGCGCCUACUGUCCCGUGUGUCCCGCGCCGCCCGCGCGCGAGCCGCCGCCUGAGCCGCACCAGCUCAAAGAGGAGGUCCUCCAAAGGAUAUUCGAGGCCGAAGUAUCAAACCCAGAGCCAUCAUUCCCGGAGAACAUUCUCCCGGACGCGCCGCCGCCGCCGCUGUCGCCGCCGCCAGCGCCGCCGCCAGACAAACUCGACGCCAAGAAGAAGCCGCAGAAGAAGUUUGAGUGCACGCAGUGUGGCCGCGUGUUCUUGCACAGAAACAGUCUGAUGUACCACCUUCUAUCGCACAGCGGCAAGCAGCAAGUAUGCCGCGAUUGCGGCAAGGGUUUCUAUACCGCCGCUGCCUUGAAGGUAAAUUAGAUCUUAGGUUAUUGUUUUAUAAGUCACAUUGCUGUCAGAAAGGUUUUUUCGCAUACUUCUCUUGCUUACUAUAGUCUGGUGCGUGAGCACGUAGAAUUUUGUCCAAUGACCCCAAGCUACCCAUCCUUAUCGCU